CACCCACCGGCCCAUACACUUAAGGUACACUAGUUAUCUGGGUAACCGAACGCAACGCCAUUUGCGCUCAAUGCGGAUGCCUCCGCACCUGACCGACAACACCGGUCGAGCAAUACGCCAUGACAUGAAUUUACGCCGGGAAUUGGGAAUCUGAACUUCGCCGAUGCGCGCGCAUUAAAGCCGCCGUGCAGACCCCGGCAUUCGAGGAGCCAUGUACUGGCCGCUUGGGACGCCGCGAAUCUAUGCGACGAGCAACUCCCGCCAGACGGGCUCCCUCCACACUGUCUCCCACGAUGGCCUCCCUAGCGUCCCCAAUGCGUCCGGGCAGAGGGCCGACAAAGGUUGGCUCUCUUCUUCCCCCGACUCCGCUCAUCAAGACGCGAGCACCUCGGCAGCGCCUCCUCCCACGACAACCCCUCUUACCCCGGUGACACCGAUCACGCCCUUGACCCCUGGGAUCAAACCCGUCGAACCAGACUAUCUGGACGAGGACAGCCCCGCGCACUCGACGGGGUCUGCAGCUUCCGCCAUCCCUCUGCAUGAGCCCAUCCUCGCACUCCGUGUAGCCCGUGCGGGCCACAUCUUCGCCGUCAUUACGGCGACCUCGAUUACCAUCUGGCAGACAAAGCCAACUGUCCUCCUAGCCGUCGUUGUCCGUUCGCAGGCAUCUCUCGAGACCUACGGCACCAAUACCGACCUGCUUCUCCGGCCCGACUCUGCCAUCCUUGUCCUCCAUACGAGCCUGGGCUACCUCAUAACAUACACCCUCGCCACAGAUCCCGAGGCCCGAAUAUACCGGCCGCACUUUGCCCAUCAUACCAACGUCCAGCGGAGACGCCAGAACCACGUCGGGGACCCCGGCCACGCCGCCCCCGACCAGAUACUCUGGGGACCGGGCGAGGGAAGUGGGGUGAGGGAUGUCAGCGUUCGUUUCCGUAUGGUGAUCAAGGUCGAUGCAGGGAUCGAGAGCGCAUUGGCUCUAGAUGACGAGUUGGUUGUGGCCACGCAAAAACCCGCUGCGGUCCAGUGCAUCCGCUGGGCACCCGACAGCUCGGGUAGCCAGACAAGCACUGAACUGCUGAGCCGCAUGAGCUGGCUGGAAAAGAAGGUCACCGUCAGAGACAUGACAUAUGACAGACCAAUGAACCUCUCGACGUGGAUUACGAGCGAUGGGAGGGCAUACGCAGUGCAGCGACUGACCCCGGGACAGCAGGACGGCAGCUCGAAUGGGCCACCUGACCCCAAGAAGUUGUUCAAAGGCUAUUGCUUCCACCUACCUCAACGACAAGAGGAUUAUGCUGUUCGGUGCGUGAUCAAUGCGAGGUUCUCGCUGAUCGCAGUCGGUUGCGCGGAUGGCAGCAUUCGCGUCUACUCAGCAAGGGACUACUCUGGCAACAUUACUGCGUCUCACAUUCACAAGAUCCACGUUUCCGCGGCUGCCUCUGGGAAACUUACCACUCUCAAUUACUCGCCCGACGGCUACUGUCUCUUUGCCGGCUUCGAGAAGGGCUGGGCAACCUGGAGCGUUUUCGGGAAGCUCUCGAGCAGUACAUUUCAGGCCGACCACGCUAUUUCCUCCGCGAAUGGUGAAGAAUGGCUUUCUGGCGUGCUGGACGCUGCUUGGAUCGGUAAUUCUUGCGACCUUCUACUGGCAAGCACAGCGCAUGCGGCGGUAUGGCUUUUGGAGAUGGCACGAAGCGCGGUAACGGGGUGCUACAACCCCGCAAACCUGUUCCGGACGGUACUUCAGAGCACCUCGAGUGUCAUGAUCUAUCGGGGCUACGACAUGCCGGACCUCACAUCCAUCUCAGCCGAGCCGUCCUUAUGGCACACGAGUCGGGUCCCCGCCGUCUACCUCUGGAACCAGUGGCCAAUCAGAUGCACCGCCAUCUCUGCAGACGGCCGCUAUGUCGCCGUGGCAGGAAGGAGGGGGCUAGCUCACUACAGCGUUAACAGCGGCCGCUGGAAGACGUUUGCGAACGAAGCUCUGGAGAACGAGUUUCAAGUCAGGGGGGGGAUGUGUUGGUACCAGAAUAUCUUGGUGGCGGCGGUAGAGGCCAACAGGUCCUUUGAGCUGCGCCUAUACUCCCGCGAAUCCGCACUGGACGGCACCGUGGCGUACACGCAGAAAAUGGCGACACCGGUCGUUCUGAUUACCGCUACGGGAGAGGACUCGUUGUUGGUCUACACAUACGACAACCUCCUCUAUCAUUACGUAUUUGCUCCCGUGUCAGGCUCUAUCAAGCUGGUUGAAAUGGGCCACAUAGCUUUCCACGGGAUCGUGAGGUCGCCCGCAAGGGUGAGGGGGUUAAGCUGGAUCCUGCCAGAUCACCAGCUUCUGGAGGGAGAUCCUACCCAGGACGUAGCCCAUGCAUCCGUCUUGUUCCUCGUGGAUGGGAAGCUGGUCCUCCUACGGCCCUCAAUCAGCGAGGGCACUCUGAAGUACGACAUGCGCGUCAUCGCACAUAACGUCGAAUACUACCUCAGCAUGAGAGACCGGCCACACUCCCCGGAGCCGGCGCCGGCGCCGCAGCAGUUGACCCAAGCAGCCAACUACACGGGCGGUCGAGUUCUUGAAGAUUCCCUCUGGUUGUUCGAUGGAACCGAGUUGAAAGCGUGGACAGACAUGGAGUCCGUCAUGAAAGCAAUUUCUGGAGAAGAGUCGUCGCGAGAGCUACCACCCAUGGUUUCGGUGCCCAUCGACUUCUAUCCGCUCUCAGUCCUGCUUUCCAAGGCUAUCGUGCUCGGUGUGGAGCCGGAUCUCAUACAACGCCGCGAUAUCGGCUUCUCUUUCUUUCGGUUUUCCAUCAGGACCCACCUCUUCUUCCCCGAUAUCUUGCGGUCUUAUCUCGCCGCAAACAGAGCCACCGAAGCGUUGCAGCUAGCUCAGCAGUACGAACACCUUGAGUACUUCGCCCACGGCCUCGAGAUUCUUCUCCACCACGUUCUGGAUGAGGAGGUAGAUGCAAACCCUACUCCAGCUCCCGAGCACGCUAUUCUCCCACGCGUUCUUUCGCUCCUCUCGUCCUUCAAACAAUACCUCGACAUUGUGGUCCAGUGUACACGCAAGACGGAGGUGCGCUCUUGGCGUACGCUGUUCGCCUAUUUGCCCCCGCCCCAAGAGCUCUUUGAGGAGAGUUUGCAGCGUGGAAGUCUGAAAACGGCGGGCGGCUAUUUGCUCAUCCUUCACACCUUCGACGAGCUAUCUACAGCGAGCGAGCAGAGCGUGCGGCUACUGAGUCGCGCCAUGCACGAGGAAGACUGGGACUUGUGCAAGGAGCUUGCGCGGUUCUUGGCGGCCCUCGACGAAACCGGCGAUACGCUCAGAGAGGCGAUGGAGAUGGUGAAAGCCCGCAUGAGCCAGGGCCCCGAAAUGGACGAAGGCCCUGUCAGGGGGGGAUUUCUCGAGAUUCCUUCUGCGGCAAUCUACCCUUCCCUCGGCGGCGGUUCGGCCGGAUCCGGUCUCGGACGGACAGCAGGGAGCGAUUCGGAAGCAGAAGGGCGCUCUGCCAGCGACGCAGGCUCUUUCGUCAGCAGCCCGUAACCAGAUAUUUAAACGGCCAGGUAAGGUCGUUUGGACAUGGAGUUGGAUGAACGUGAAUAGCAAAAAAGAGGGCCUCUGGAUACAACCCAGCCAUUGUUCAUAUCAGUUGCAGACAGUAAAUGCCACGAACGGCGGGGAUCAGAAAGCGGCGCAAGUCGAUUGGAACAGGCGCGCGGGCU